GGUGCACAAAGAAUUCUUAUGCUCGCAAGUUGCAGCUUUAUUUCCCUUGUCCUUACGCCUAAUUGUUUCAUUUCAUUUUUUUUUUAUUCCCAGUCGCAUUUCUGGAUCAUUCCGUUCGCAUUUCACACCUCGCUUUAUCCACGCGCAGAUCCCGCCCGGAAUUCACCCACCCCACCCUCUCUGUCCUUCCUCGCAAGAAAUCUGACGCCCUCUUCGUCUCGCUCCACAACCAAACCCUAAUCGCGGAUCUCUCUCUCGUUCUCUCUCGCUGAGGAGAAGAUGGUGUUCUAUAUGCUGUACUUUACGGCGGAGCUGGAGAACCUCACCAACCUCCAGCCCCGAGGCGGCUGCGACGAUCCCAACUACACGUACUACUUCAAGGUGAAAUGCGAGAACUGCGGGGAGAUCAGUCAGAAGGAGACGUGCGUGACGAUGUCCGAAUCGGUCCCUCUCCCCAAUGGAAGGGGAACUGCCAAUCUCGUGCAGAAGUGCAAGCUGUGUGGGAGGGAAGGAUCAAUUCAGAUGAUUUCUGGGCAUGGUCAACCAUUGACUCUUGAACUUAGUCAGCGUGAACUGAUCACUGGAUUGAUGGUUUUUGACUGCAGAGGUUUUGAACCUGUUGGUUUCUCUUUUGGUGAUGGAUGGAAAGCUGAAUCCACAAGUGGGACUCCAUUCGAAGUGGAUCUAUCUGGAGGGGAAUUUGCAGACUAUGAUGAGAAGGGAGAAUGCCCAGUUGGGGUAACCAAUAUUCGGGCGCUCUUUAGAGUGGUAAAGAAGCAAGAGCGAGGUGGCAAGACGACCUUUGUUUAAUAGCAGUACUUUAUAAAUGGCAUGUUACAAUAUGUGCACCCAAAAUUUGUCAUGAUGCGACGAGACCUGUUACCUUCUACCAUGACAGUAUAAUGCAUACUCCCUCAUCCUUCAGUUCAUAUGCUUAGUCUUCGUGAAUCUUGUGUUUGCCUAGCCAUUUGAUGGUUGGAUUAUAUUAUGACCCUUUUAACUUGUAAGUUAUGGCUUGUGUUAUCAAGCAAAUGAAUGAUUUUCUACCAAACCAAAAAAAGAAAAAAAACAAGUGAAUGAUUCCCGUA